AUGCUCGGCUUAACUUUGUACACUGGAAAGAUACUCGUGACCCUUCCCUCCUCACCCUACUUCCUCCCAGUGUGUAGCCCAGCCCCUCUUGUAGAUCCUGGAGUCUCUAUUGUGCCGCUGGUGGAUCAAUUUAGUCUGCACGAUGGCCAAUCUCUUGGAUACGCUCAGGCUUCGGUCAAAACAUUUCGUCUGUCUGUACUGUCGUCGGUGGAACAACCCUUGGUCUUGCAGAAUGUCUCUGCUGCUAAUUGGAAAUUCUUUUGGUCCCUAUCUCUUACCUACAUUCAACGUAAUGUGAUAUACCGGUUCAUCGCAGGCUGUAUCCCUUCUAGAAGCAGAUUACACUACAUGAUGCCUGCAGCCUUCGAGUCUCACAGUUGUCCUGUCUGCUUGUCUCCCAAUGAAACCGCCAGCCACCUGCUCUUUGACUGUCCAUCCAAAGUAAAGGUAUGGCAAGGCGUCAUUUUCGAAUUCCUUUGGCCCACCACGACUAUCACUGACAUCAAAGAGGCUCUUCUGUCCCUGGACUUUUCGGAUAUCUGGUACUCCCAAGUCAAAGACAUCCAUCUAUACAGAAUCCUACUCAUCACCCUGUCUCAAAUAUGGCUAGCCCAUAUGCGAUUUGUGUUUGACAACAUCAUCCUUGUCCCUGAGGCGAUUCUGGAGAAUAUUCGCUCCACUGUUCGCCAGACAGUGGAAGAGGACCAAAUCCAUUCCCUCUUGCAGUUUGAUAGUUUAGAUAGUUCUUUAGAUUAG